UUCUGACAGCCGCCCUACAAAGUACGGAGUGUUUCCUCGCCCGGUAGCUCGACAGUGGUGCUGCUGCUGAGCCUUCUCAGCGGUGUGUGUGUGUGACAGUGUGUGUGGAUGGUGGACUGUUCCCGGUGAGAGAAAAAAACCACACACACCACACCACCGACCGACCUACGGGCCGAAUUAAAAUGCCUCAUCGCCGCGUGUAAACGGGCGACACUCGCGCAGGGAGAGAUCCAGGCUCCGGGCAGAUUAGAGGAAAUAUAACGGCAGGAUGUUGCAAGUUUUAGCUUGUGGCGCCGUAGUUUUCCCCGGUCUCUUCUUCGCCUUAAGGAGGCUCCUGCCGUGUGUGUUCAAACACUGGAGCGAUGCCGACGUGGUGCUGAUCAGCGAGAGGCUCGUGUCCUCCAUCCAUGCCGUUAUGGCGACCACGGCGGGAGUCAUCGUGGUGUCGUCAUGCCGAGGCAGCGUCAUUAGUGACAGGCACUGGCUGGCCACCUACUUUGUCAUCUGGUUCGGUGUCCCCUACAUGACGUACGACAUCUUCGCCAUGUACCUCAGUCACUACCACCGCUUCCGCGUCAAAGGGCACGAGGACUACAAGCGCCAUUCGCUGAGGACGAUAAGCACCUUCGUGCGCAGAGAGUUCCUGCUGGUGUUGCAUCACAUCGCCCUGCUAACCAUCCUGCUGCCCGUCACGCUGUUCUUCAGAAGGGAACAGGGAGACUUCUUCAUUGGCUGCUUGUUUCUAACGGAGCUCAGCACACCCUUCGUCUCCAUGGGGAAGAUACUGAUCCAG